UCCGGAGGGCGUGCGGCGGCAUCCCCCGCUGCCCUAGAUCACCCGCCUGCGGCUGACCGACUUCCCCUCCCCUUGGUCCCCCCCCUUCCCGCCCCCUCCGCCUUCGGUCGCCGGCGCCGGACACGCUGCGCUCGCGUUCUUGAGGCGCUUCUUCGCCUUGGCGGAACGUCGCAUCCCGUGCUAUUCUGGGGCUGCAAUGACCGUUCGGUGUUGAAUGUUCCCCCCGCCCGGAGUGCAUGGCUGCGGAAGCGAGGCGCGGCCCCGGCCCCCGAGGGGCCGCCGUCCGCCAAGCGCUGAUGCUGUUGCUGUGCCUGGGGGUCCCAAGCGGGCACCCCUACAACGUGGACACCGAGAGCGCGCUGCUGUACCAGGGUCCGAGCGACACGCUGUUCGGCUACUCCGUGGUGCUGCACAGCCACGGGGCGAACCGAUGGCUGGUGGUGGGGGCGCCCACUGCCAACUGGCUGGCCAACGCUUCAGUGGUCAAACCCGGGGCGAUCUACAGAUGCCGGAUCGGAGAGAACCCAGGCAGGACAUGCGAACAGCUCCAGUUAGGUAGCCCUAAUGGAGAACCUUGUGGAAAGACUUGUUUGGAAGAGAGAGACAAUCAAUGGUUGGGGGUCACCCUAUCCAGACAGCCAGGAGAAAAUGGAUCUGUUGUGACUUGUGGACAUAGAUGGAAAAACAUAUUUUACAUAAAGAAUGAAAAUAAACUUCCCAGUGGUGUUUGUUAUGGAAUGCCUUCCAACCUACGAACAGAAUUGAGUAAAAGAAUGUCUCCAUGUUACCAAGAUUAUGUAAGAAAAUUUGGAGAAAAUUUUUCGUCAUGUCAAGCUGGAAUAUCUAGUUUUUACACAGAGGAUUUAAUUGUGAUGGGAGCCCCUGGAUCAUCUUACUGGACGGGUUCUCUCUUUGUCUACAAUAUAACUACAAAUAAAUACAAGGCUUUCGUAGACAGACAGAAUCAAGUAAAAUUUGGAAGUUAUUUAGGGUAUUCAGUUGGAGCCGGUCAUUUCCGGAGUCAGCAGUCGACUGAAGUAGUUGGAGGAGCCCCUCAACAUGAACAGAUUGGUAAAGCAUAUAUAUUCAGCAUUGAAGAAAAAGAGCUAAAUAUCUUAUAUGAAAUGAAAGGUAAAAAGCUUGGUUCAUACUUUGGAGCUUCUGUCUGUGCUGUGGACCUCAAUGCAGAUGGCUUCUCAGACCUGCUCGUGGGAGCGCCUAUGCAGAGCACCAUCCGGGAGGAAGGAAGAGUGUUUGUGUACAUCAACACUGGCACGGGAGCAGUAAUGAAUGAAAUGGAAACAAUGCUCAUUGGAAGUGACAGAUACGCUGCAAGAUUUGGAGAAUCUAUAGUUAAUCUUGGGGACAUUGACAAUGAUGGCUUUCCAGAUGUUGCUGUUGGAGCACCACAAGAAGAUGACUUGCGAGGUGCAAUUUACAUUUACAAUGGCCGAGAAGAUGGGAUCUCCUCCACCUUCUCACAGAGAAUUGAAGGACUUCAAAUCAGUAAAUCACUAAGGAUGUUUGGACAGUCUAUAUCAGGGCAAAUUGAUGCAGAUAAUAAUGGAUACAUAGAUGUAGCAGUUGGUGCUUUUCGGUCUGAUUCGGCUGUGUUGCUAAGGACAAGGCCUGUGGUGAUUGUUGAAGCAUCUUUAAGCCACCCAGAGUCAGUGAAUAGAACAACAUUUGAUUGUAUUGAAAAUGGACUGCCCUCUGUGUGCAUGGACUUAACACUCUGUUUCUCCUAUAAGGGCAAAGAAGUCCCAGGUUAUAUACUUUUGUUUUAUAACAUGAGUUUAGAUGUGAACAGAAAGGCAGAAUCGCCAUCAAGGUUUUACUUUUCUACCAAUGGCACGUCUGAUGUGAUGAAUGGAAUCAUUCAGGUAUCCAACAGAGGAGCUACCUGUAGAACACAUCAAGCCUUUAUGCGGAAAGAUGUACGGGACAUCCUCACCCCAAUUCAGAUAGAAGCUGCUUACCAUCUUGGGCAUCACAUCAUUAGCAAGCGAAGUGCAGAGGAAUUCCCUCCACUUCAGCCAAUUCUGCAGCAAAAGAAAGAAAAAGACAUAAUUAAGAAAACGAUAAACUUUGCAAGGUUUUGUGCCCAUGAAAACUGUUCAGCUAAUUUACAGGUGUCCGCAAAAAUUGGAUUUAUGAAGCCAUAUGAAAAUAAAACCUACCUUGCUCUUGGGAGCAUGAAGACGCUGAUGUUGAACGUGUCUCUGUUUAAUGGCGGAGACGAUGCCUAUGAGACUUCUCUUCGAGUCAAGCUACCUGCAGGGCUUUACUUCAUUAAGAUUUUAGACCUGGAAGAAAAACAAAUAAACUGUGAAGUAACAGGCAACUCUGGAACAGUAAAACUUGACUGUAGUGUUGGUUAUAUAUAUGUAGAUCAUCUCUCAAGGACAGAUAUUAGCUUUCUCCUGGAUGUGAGCUCCCUCCACAAAGCAGAAGAGGACCUCAACAUCACAGUGCAUACCUCCUGUGAAAAUGAAGAAUUGGAUGACCUAAAGGAUAAUACAGUGACUUUAGCAAUACCUUUAAGAUAUGAAGUUAUGCUAAGUGUUCAUGGCUUUGUGAAUCCAACUUCAUUUGUGUACGGAUCAAAUGAAGACAAUGAGCCAGAAACAUGUAUGGCAGAGAAAAUGAACUUCACUUUCCAUGUUAUCAACACCGGCAUUAGCAUGGCUCCAAAUGUUAGUGUGGAAAUAAUGGUACCAAAUUCUUUUGCCCCUCAGACGGAUAAAUUGUUCAACAUUCUAGAUGUCCAGACAACUGCUGGACAAUGCUCCUUUAACAAUUACGAAAGAGAGUGCACAUCAAAGCAGGAGAAAGGAACAAUGGAGGCUCUGAGAAACAUUUUCAAAUUUUUGUCAAAGACUGAUAAGAGGCUAUUGUAUUGCAUGAAUACUGAUCUGUACUGUUUGAAUUUCUUGUGCAAUUUGGGGAGAAUGGAAAGUGGGAAAGAAGCUAGUGUUCACAUACAGUUGGAAGGUCGGUCCUCCAUUUUGGAAAUGGAUGAUACUUCAGCACUCAAGUUUGAAAUAAGAGCAACAGCUUUUCCAGAGCCACAUCCAAAAGUCAUUGAACUAAACAAGGAUGAGAACAUUGCAUAUGUGACACUGGAAGGACUGCAUCAUCAGAGGCCCAACCGCUACUUCACUAUUGCAGUCAUUUCAAGUAGUUUGCUCCUGGGACUCCUGGUGCUUUUAUUAAUUUCAUAUGUGAUGUGGAAGGCUGGCUUCUUUAAAAGACAAUACAAAUCUAUCUUACAAGAAGAACACAGACGAGACAGCUGGAGUUAUGUCAACAGUAAAAACAAUGAGGAUGAUUAAAGACUUCUUUCAAACUGAGAGAACUGAAAAUAGACUCAGGUUAGACAAAACACUGUUUACAGAAAAGAUAUUUUUCCAUGUACUUCUACUUAUGGCCUUGUAACAUUAUGUUUUCAUAUGAGGAAAAAGCAAGGAUUAUGCUUCGAAAGAAAGUAAUUGCACGAAGGUAUUCCUUAACAUAACAAAAUGCCCUUUCCACUGUUAGAUGAGUUGACAAACACUAAUGCAAUUAAGAAAAACAAACUCUUGAAGAUAUUUGAAGAUCUUUUAUUUUCAAGAAGAAUUAUUUAUAUAUGUAUUCACCUUUUUAAGAAUAUUCACUUUUUAAGAAUCUGUGUGUGUGUGUGUGUGUGUGUGUGUGCGCGCGCAUGCAAGCAUGUCUUGGGGUAUGAAACUCAGGUCCCAGGUGCUGUCCCUGAGCUUUUAUUUUGCUCAAGACUGGCACUCUACCAUUCAAACCACAGCUUAUACUUCUGGCUUUAAUGUGACUAACUAAAGAUAAGAGUUUCAGGGACUUUCCUACCUGGGCUGAUGUCAGACCCAAACCUCAGAUCUCAGCCUCCUUAGUAGCUAAGAUUACAAACAUGAGCCAAUGGUGCCCAGAUUCUAAGACAUUUUGAUGAAAGGGCUGUUCCCCUACAUUUUUUAAUGGGUAAAAUGAGCCUUGCAUCAUUUUAAAGUAUAUUUUAUUUUUAAAAAUCUUUAGCAUAUUCCCUAUGGACUUUAAUCCAAUAAUUUCUUUUAGUUGCUGACUAUGAAUAUUAUAGGCCUGAUGAACAAACUUUCAUGUUGAAAUGUAUACACUGGUUUGAGCUUAAUGAGAUAAUGUCUGAAUAAAUAGACACUUCUUAAUUUUUUUCUUUAUGUACAUAUAUAUGCUACAUUUUUUAAAAUGCAGGUGUUAGUAUAGAUAUGAAUCCACUAUGACACACAUUUCCUAUAACACACAUUUAUCAAAAGAACUCAAGAACACCAGGCUGUAGAUGUUGCACUUUUGCUAAUAUACACUUAUGUGUGCAAAAAUAUGAAAAAUGUACCUCACUAGUGAUUAUAAAAUCAAAGCAUAUAAUGAUAGAAGGACAGUGAGUGAUUCCUGCAUAGUGGUUCUCUAUAAAAUAUUCACUGUCUACAUUAAAUAAAUAAGAUAUUUGCUUUUUGUUACUUUUCUAAUAUAAGCAUUCAAUGAAAUUUUAUGAAAAUCUGUUGUCCAUAGAAAAGGAGAAAUCAGAUUCACAGACUUAACUGAAAAAUAUAGAUUUAGCUUGUAUACAGUGAGUAUCAAUUUAUAUCCUGUCACAUAAUUUCCCUUUUUAAUUGAUAAAAAACAUUCAGAAUGUUUGUUCUAAGUAAAUAAGAUUCUGUUUAAAAAUAGCUUCUUACUGAAUUUUAAAUAACUUAUCUUUAAAUACAUUUGCAACUACAAUCAUUUUUGUAAUAUUUAUUUCAUUCAUGUAAUCUAGAUGUUGAUAACUGUAGAAUAUAC